GAGAGAGAGAGAGAGGCGGAGAGAAGGAGCAAAAAGGAUAAAGAGAAAGGAGAAAAGGAGAGAGCGAUAUAUUUAGACACAGCACCAAAAGGAGAAUUAUCCCUUUCUACUCUGAAAGAUGGCCUGCCACCCAUCCAUUGUGUUUCUGUACUGUUUCUGUGGGCUCGUUGCUGUUUGGGCACAGCCAAGGGCAACGGAGGUUCCCGUCACGGAAGUGCUGGAAGACUGUAGAGAGGAAACGUACGCCUGCACUAGGAUGUACUCUGUCCAUCAGCCUAUGAAGUCAUGCCUCCACACCAAGUGCUUUUAUAGUCUCCGUCGAGUCUACGUGAUCAACAAAGAGCUUUGUGUGAAGACCGUGUGUCCCCAGGAGGAGUUACUGAAAGCGGAACUAUGCAGAGAGAAAUCUGGCUGGCCCAAACGACUUCAGAGGUCAACCAAAGAGAACACUGGCUUCCCAGUAAAACCAGCACAUGGCCAACCAGCAACAAAAGCAGAGACAGGACAAGAAAGGUAGAAUAAAGAAUAAAGAAGUAAAUAAACACAACUACAAAUGUGCAUAACUUUUUUUUUUUUAUUUCAAACAUUGUAUUCAGAUUCAAGCUUGUUUUUUUCUUUUCUUUAUUAUUCUAAGAUUAUUUCUUACUGCAGGUUGUAUGGUAUAAAGUGGGGGUCAAAAGUCUGAGACCACAUUGAAAAUCUGAGUCCAUGAUGAAAUCUCAGACAUGAGAACGCACAUGGUCAGAUUAGCACCAGUUUUACAGCUCCCGGUGUCUUUUGGCACACUGACUUAUGAAGGUCGGUGCUCCCAGUGAGCCUUGUUCUGCCAUCUGUUGGCAUGUUACAAAACUGGUCUUAAAACCUUUUGAUACCACCUUGUAUUUCAUUUAAAACUGGAAUUACCAGAAUAUUCAAGUAAUUUAAAAACAUUCAAAACAAAUAAAGUACUUUUUGUUGAAUAUUUUACUAUUUCUAGGUCCCCAUGUAUGUGUGAUAUUGAAGAUGUUGUAAUGCUUUGUACAAAAGGUUAGACUUUCUCCAGGUAUAAUCUCAUCUGUUGAAUAAUAGAUUAGAUGUAAAAUUAAUCUAAAGGUUUUGCACAAAUUUGUGGAGUCCACACCCUAAAGGAAAAUACUAAGUACUCUAAACAUACCAAAGAAACACUGAUGUGUAAAAACCAUAAAGGUUCCGAUUUUUUUUUUAACUCAAGUUGUGGUCAAUAAUAUAUCUUCUUUAAUAUAUUCUGCAGAAUAUGGAAUAGAUAAAGCCUCACUGAGACUCUCAGACUUUUGGACCAUAGUCUUGAGCCAUAGCUUCACAUUCUGCUUUCAAAGAGCCAGACUUUCUUGUAUUUCUAAUGUAGACUUGACUAGACUUCUUGAAGGACUUUUUUGCCUCUCAUUUUCAGUCCGGUCUCUGUAACUGUCCAAUUUCAGAGAAAAGUUUCUUUGUUUAGCCUCACAGUGACCUCUAAAUCAUUCACGCAUUUAAAAAGCAUCUAACUUACGUUAUGGACCUUAAGAUAAUGACAAAUGAUCAGGCCGUAUUUGGUAUACUUUUGAUGCUAAAUGCUGAGUGGUUGGAACAGACAAGAAGAAAAUGAGGCUGCUGCUGAGCUUCUUACAUAAACAACCACUUUUUAAAUUUUAGGUGCUUUCAGCCUUUCAUAUUAAAACAUUUGUUCCCAUUUAAUCUACAUCACGUAGUUAAAUUUACUAUGAAGAAAUGAGGGGUGGCUCAAGACUUUUGGACAGUUCUCUAUAUGAACUGAUAUUUCGCUAAAUAUAUAUCCACAUUAUCAAUAUCGUGCCUUAUAUAGUUCACCUCAUAUAAUUCAUUGUUUCAGUGUAAGUAAAUUGUAUGAUGCUCACAUGGCAAAUAAAUGUUUUUCUUUCAUGAUGAA